UGGCAUCACAAAUCAUUUGUCAAUUGAAUCUGCGGCCGGCAACAACUCGGUUUGGCGAAAACAAAGCAAUACGAAUAUGAGGCGCCAUUUUUUUAUGUGUUGUUUAUUUAUUUUUGCAAUAAAUAACUUUGGUCAAGCACAAAGUGAAGUAGAUCUGUUGGAAAUGAAAUGUUUAAACCAACAACAAUGCACACAGUUCGAGCACACUGGCAUUAAGGCUGAUUGUAUCUAUGACCACUGUCUUUGUACAAGCAGCUCGGGCGACCACGUGAAAUGUAAACCAGUGGAGCAUAAAUUGGGUAACAUUAUUGGAAGUCCAUGCCCUUGCCGCCAAAUUCCCCAUGCAGAAUGUGAUGUAAAACAGGAUAUGUGUUACUGUGCCAAAGGUUAUAUGCCCAGCAAAGAUAGGAGACGUUGUAUUACAAAAAAAGCUGAAUUAGGCGAAAGAUGUGAGAUGGAUUCCCAAUGUCAAAAAAGUGAUUACAAUGCCAUUUGUCACCCUGAUGUAAAAGAGUGCGUGUGCAUGGAUCUCUUCGUUAAUGACAAUGGAACAUGCAUAUCUGUUGUUGGCCCUAAAUUCGUCUGCUCCAACGACAUAGAGUGCACCAAAAAUUUCCUCAACAACACCAAAUGUUUUGAAAACACGCAUUGUGUUUGUACCGAUGGUUAUGUGGCAUCCUUUGAUAAUUCCCAUUGUCAAAAUGUUACAGGAUAUUUGGAGACUUGCACGGAAAAUAUACAAUGCAUUGCCACCCUGGGUCCUGGUGGUAAAUGCAAAGAGAAUACCUGCCAAUGCACUGAGAAAUAUUUUCCAGAACAACAUAAAUCACCCAUUGAUGGUCGUUUGAUAACAUUUUGUUCGCCCGUUGUGGAACGUGGGCAAUACUGUCGUUAUACGGAAGAUUGUUAUCAGCGUCAGUUGGACAUGACAGAACAAACAAUGGAUUGCAUUUAUGGCGAAUGCAAUUGCAAAUUGGGUUUUAUGGUCUUCAAUGAUGGUGAAUGUGUGCCUGGGUCGGCUACUGCCAUAUCGGCCUUUGUGGGUUAUGUUGUAUUCUUAUUAGCACUGGUUAUUAAUAUCUCUUAAGUUACUAUUUUGUACUGCGGCUAUUAUUAUUAUGAAUAUUUCUGAAAACUGAAUUGUGAUCAUUGAUUAUAUACGGUAUAUACAAUAUUUAAUUAAAGUACUGUUACAAAGAAAUGUAA